UGUUCUCACAUACUAGUACAAGGGUUCAUCUGCCUCAACUUCCGCUGCACUACUCCAAGUCUCAAGUCUUUACAGCUGGGACUUAAUCUCUGCAAAAGAUCCUAAAGGGUUUUUCUCAGCCCAACAAGCAAAAAAUGCAUAGGUAUGAAGGCUUCUCUCCAUAGUACACCCUUUCAUCCACAAAAGAAUUCCCGGUAAACAGCAUCAAGUGAGGGGUCGGCUUCCAUCAUGCGCCGCAGCAGCAGCUGCUGGGCCUCCCGUGUGCUCAGCUUCCAGGGGUGCAGGGCCGGUAUGUCCGUGGAGUAGGAGGCAUUGGUGUGGUUCCUCCCGUCGUCCCACAGAUACUUCAUGCGGUCGAGCACCGGGUCCCACUCUGGGAAGGGCUCCACACACAGCAGCAAGUUGCCGAUGGCCACCUGGAGUGGGAUGGACAAGGCGAGAACCGCGCAUGGCAAGGCAGCAUGAUGAAGCGCGCUGAGGAAGGACUCACACACUGCUGCAUGUUGUUGGAGUUGGGAGACACAGGAUGAGAAACAUGGCAGAAGGAGUGCAUGGGCAGCAAAACUAUGCCAUGUGCAGCUGGAAGCCCACCUUCAUUUGGAUUGCUCGAAUAGACAUCUUGAUCGUGGUAGGACAAGUAUGUCGUAGCAGUGUAGAACAUUCUAGUUGGGUUGGAAAAAACUCAUGGUGUAUCCCCUUUGUAGCUAGCCACCUCCCAAACUCUUCAGGUCGGGAUCCUCUCUUGUGCAACACUCACUUCGGAUUUGAUUGCUCCUAAAUCCUACAAAGCCAUUCCACG